AUGGGUGGAACUAAAAUCCACCUAUAUUGCGUUAAGCCUAGGUGUCCAGGCCACGGGUACUUUCAAGACAAACAAUUUUCAGCAGCCGAAAACGCCAAACACAAUCAUGAUCUAAAUCCUAAUUUAGAAACAGUUGAUAAGGUUUUUUCAACCAUCAGAGAUUUGAGUUGUGUUCCAGGACAGGAGCCGAGAGAAGUAUACCGCGCCGCUAAAUUGAAAAUUGGUAAUGAAAGUUCUGCAGUGGCGUAUAAUCCAACGGUUCGUCGUAGAAUUCAACGCAUUCUAAAUCAAGAGAAUCCUCAACGGAUGAACAUUGGUGUGAAUGUUCAUACAGUGGAAGAAUUGAAGGAAUUUCUUGCAUUGAACAUGGACAGUAAAUGCAUGAAUUAUGAACACAAUCAACAGGAAUACAGCCUGAGUACUGGAAUGGACAGAUUUGAUUUACAAAACUACAAAAAACAGAUGAUCACCGCCACAAACUUGUACUUCUUCGAUGAAGAAUUUGUACAACAACUCUGUCCAUUCGAUGGUCUCAUUUAUAUUGACGCGACAUUCGAUACCGUGCCAAACGUGCAAAAUAAUAGCAAUAUGCAGUUUUUAAGCAUUUUGGCUAAGGUAACAACGAAUGGAUGUGUAAAGGCUUUUCCUAUUUUUUGGGUGUUAAUGACGAACAAAUCACAGGAGUGCUAUUUAAAAGCUUUCAGGUAUUUUGCUCGUAAAUUUCCCAAUUUCCAACCACGGGAAAGUUUAACGGACCAUGAAAUUGCCAUGAGGAAUGUGUUGAAAAUUGUUUACCCUGCAAUAACUACUAGAACUUGUUAUUUUCAUUAUAGUCAAGUAACUUUGCUUCCUGCAAACUGCAUUAGCAAAACGUAUGAAGCUAUUAAAAAAGAAGCGACAGAAAGUUUUGGUGAUUUUUUUGAGGACUACUUCGAGUACUAUCAUGAUCAAUGGUUAUGCAAAGAAGGACCUGUGCAGAUCUCUAAUUUCGAUAGGGGGGAGGACCGUACAACUAAUGUUAUAGAGUCUUACCACAGUCAACUUAAUCGACUUGUAGGCAAACACCCACAUUGCAAUAAAUUUCUUGCUACACUUAUAAUGAUUCUGCGAGAGGAACGCAUCGAUUUACAUUCUGUAGAAACUGGAAAAUAUAUACAACCGUACCAAAACCCGGAAUCAAAAAAAAACAACGAAGAGUACGUCUUAUUCUGGCAAGAUAUAAAGAAAAAAAUAAAAGAAGACAAUGAAGAAUUAAAUUUAAUUGAUGAAAUUAAAAAAAUUAACCAUAUAAAAGAAUUAAAAGAAAACGAGAGGAAGAUUGUUGAAAAACUAAUUAAUAAUGUAAAAGAGAGUUAUGAAGAAAAAUAUGAAUUCGAAAAUUAUACAAUGUAUACAGCGAUCAAUGAUCCUGAAAAUCCGCCUGCAAUCAUGCACCAAAUAAGGGACAUUAGGCAUAAGCUUAUCGCCUCAACGGAUCCUGCAGUACUAUUUACUGUAUAUAAUGCACCAAAAGCAUAUGUAAGAAUUGCGUAG